CUGCCAAUAUGUUUUUUUUAGAUCAAUGGCAAAAACAUUCUGUGUUCUGCUGCCAGUGUUGGGUCUGACCUGGCUGAUUGGGAUUGUCACGUUUAACAAAGAUAUCAUAGAAAUGCAAUAUAUAUUUGCUAUUCUUAAUUCACUUCAGGUAAAAAAGUUCUAUGUAAUGUAUCUCCCCGCAACUAUCUGCGGGAGAAAAUCCACGAGCUUCAGCAGAGCAUUUACUCUUACCCACAGUGACAAACUAAUCACAACUUCUUUUUUUACAGGGAUUCUUCAUAUUUUUGUUUUACGUGGUUUACAGUCAAGAGGUAAGACUAUAUGUAGAUUACACUGACCAAACAGCCAUUCGUUCAAGCUGAAAAUCCCCGCCCCCCAACACUUUUCUAAUGGGGCGUGGUUAGAGAGGAACAGUGGCUAUACACCAUACUUGAUGACAAAUUACAGCAUAUACGGCAGGUUCGAACUUUCUUGGCAAAAUUGUCGUUGAACGUUUUCGUUUCAUAUUUUCUUUCUUGCAUCGAAAGAAUAAUCAUGUAUUUCAGUUUUAAAACAGCAAGUUCAUUUACUCUUUAUAUUGCCUGAUACCGUAAAUUUUUCUUUGCCUGGCGUUUGCCGUUUGACGCGAAGCUUAAACUCUCUAUUUGUCAGCGAAUUCGCCACGAAAAAGUUGGAUCAGUUCCUUCAUUUUUACUGUUCGUACGAACAAAUUCGCCAAGUGGAAAAUGGGUUUUAGGUUCAGGAUUUAUAUUGCAUUACGCACGUAUAAAAAAUCACAUCAUCACAGAAUAAGGUACACAGAAGGCCGACUUCUCGGUUUUUCCUAUGAUUUUCCUAUGAUUUUGGCGUAACCCGUAAUUCGUCAUCAAAUGCUGACGCCAUGGUCCUAGCCAGUGCGCGUUUGAGAGGCAUUCACCCCCUGAUAUUAUUCAAAAAUGGCGGACGUCCAGGGGGGAAUGCCUCUCAAACGCGCACUGGCUAGGACCAUGGGGUCAGCAUUUUGAUGAUGAAUCAUGGCGUGGCAGCGGUUACUCGAGUCGACCUUCUGUGUGCCUUAUUCUGUGACAUCAUCAUUCUUAUUUCAGGUGAGAAGAGAGAUCUCGCACAGAAUUGCAAUCUGGAAAACUGCGAAAGAAAUCAACGGCCAGGCACAGGUGACACGGGACUCAAAGCUAAGAUACUCAGAACAGACGAACAGUCUGCCGUCAUACAAAACUUGGAUGUAAUUCAAUACUGCAUGUAGUGGAUUCUAUAAACUUGCCAAAAUGUAACUCAAAAAUCUUUGUACUUCGUAAUACUGGGCUCAAAAUAUAUGUUUAUAUCUCAACAUAUACAUCUAUAUAGAUAUAAAAUGUCUAUACUUUACGUAGAUUUAAAUGUAAAAAGAAAAAAAAGAAUCGAUUAAAUUCUCUUAUUUAUAGCUAUAAAUUCUUCACUGUUUUUACUAAGAUCGCAAUAUUAUCUUUUUUAGAUUCUUAUGAAUUUACAGAAGUAUUAAGACUAGUGUAAUCCCCCCUCUUGCGGUUGUUCUCAAACAUGGGCGUAAAAUAACUCGUGUUAGAAAUGUUCAGAUGAGGGUCCACAUACCCAAACAAAAUCACAGCUAAAAUCACAGCAAAAACUGCAAGUGCAAAUGGGCUUUUAGGGACCGUUCAUUAUUUAUACCCGGGGUUUUGGUACCGAAGAGAUAUGGGUUGGGUAAUCAAGUUUUUCACUAGCUCUUGGGUUGGGUAAAAAAAAUUAUGGCUGUCUGAAUAAAACCAAAAUUACCAUACAUUGCUAUUGGAAAAUAUGAAGAAUAAUGUGUACAAUGCAUUUUGUACCAAAAUAGACCAUCAGUGAUUGAGGAAGGACUCUAUCAUUGAUCAGCAGGAACGUGAUUGCCUUGGCACACUCAGUGAGGUUGAGUAUGAGUGAGCUUUUAGAAUUUAGGCAACUUGAUUUCUGUCACCAUUAUCUAGUUUGUGUGCCCAGAUCCUAACUUUAUAUGUAGCAUAUACAUUUCCCAAACAAAUCAAGAAAGUUACGCCAGGAUGGACAACUUGCAUGUUAGACUAAAUUUUAAUCUAAGUAAAGAGAAGGGAAUCAAAUACAACAGUUAAAAAGAACAUAAUGAAAUUAGUAAAAUUGCAAAAUUUGGUUGCGAAAUGUUGUAAAAUACAGAAAAUAUAGCCUUGCGAAAUUUGCAUAUUUUCAGUUUAUUUUUAUUACGUGCGGAAAUUGAUACCAUUUCCAGCUCAAAAAUGGUAACAAUUAAAAUGGUAACGAUUUCCGCACGUAAUACAAACACACUGAAAAUAUGCAAACUUCGCAAGGCUAUAUUUUCUGUAUUUUACAACAUUUCGUAACCAAAUUUUGCAAUUUUACUUAUUUUAAUAAGUUCUUUACGGGAAUUUACUUUUUUUUGCCUAUAUAAAAAAUUAGUCUAAGGCCCGUUUCAUACGCCGUACUUCACAUGUGCCGAAUACAUUACAAACAAUAGAUAAUGAGACAUUCGGCACGUGUGAAGUACGGCGUGUGAAGUACGGCGUAUGAAACGGGCCUAACAUGUAAGUUGUCAAUUGAUAGGGAUACAGCUUCCUUAAAAAUUGAAACGAAACGUUGAAGUUCUCCUUGUAUUUUUCAGGUUGUUGUAUCCCUAUAAAUCCACAACUUUUCUAUACAAAUAUUUUCCUCUUUAACCCAGAUAAAAUAAACCGCCCACCACUUAGUAACGCAUAAGACAUUUCUCAAUUAACACUGCUGUUUUUAUGAACGUUUCUAUUUAGGCAUCGAGUUCGAUCUCUUCCUACAUAGCGUCUGAUGUCUUCCACUUCCUGUCGUGGUCUUACUGCCUCUGUCAUCUUGCCAGCUAUUUCGAUGCUCCUUCAAAUAAGCGAUAAACCUAUCUUGUCUCUUCAUAUACUUCUUAAGCACCUCGUUCGUCUCACGUUCCUUCUUCAAUUCUAAUUUUAGAACGUCGUUCUCAAUGAGUAAUUCGCGAACACGUGCGCGGCUGUCGUUGUCGUCGUACUGGAGUACUUUGAGAGCUUUCUCCAGGUUCUUGUUCUCUUCUCGUAAUAACAUGAGCGCCAUGUCGUGAUUUGAUAAACCAUUCAUUGUGAGAUUCUACUGAGAUUCUGUCGAGAUUCUACUGAGAUUCUGUCGAGAUUCUACCGAGAUUCUGUCGAGAUUCUGUUGAGAUUCUACCGAGAUUCUGCCGAGAUUCUGCCGAGAUUCUACCGAGAUUCUGUCGAGAUCCUACAGAGAUUCUGUUGCGAUUCUACUGAGAUUCAACCGAAAUUUUACCGAGAUUCUACUGAGAUUCUACUGUCUUCAAAUCCACACGACUAAGUUAAUUUAAUAAAGCUUUCACUUGCCAAAGCCAAUCGUCGAAUAGAAAUAGUGUUAGGAAUACACUUCAAUUCAAUUCAAAUCUUUUGGACGUCAAGAAAUUUCCAAUUCCACUUCGAAUCAGUGAUUUCUACUUCACAGACACAAGUGUGACGGCUGUUCCAAGCUUCCCUUGCCAAAGCAAAAGAGACCAAGGAUGAAUACAGUUAAGAAGAGUCUUCAGUUCUUUUGGACGUCAAGAAAUGUACAAUCCCACUUCGAAUCAGUGAGUUCUACUUCACAGACACAAUUGUAACGACUGCUUCAAGCUUGCCUUGCCAAAGAAAAACUGCCAAAAGAGGCCAAUGAUGAAUAUAGUUAAGAAGAGACUUCAAUUCUUUUAGACGUCAAGAAAUGUACAGUUCCACUUCGAAUCAGCGAGUUCUACUUCACAGAUACAACAAUAAUGCGACUAAGCUUCCUUUGCCAAUCGAAACUGUAUAUUUGAACACUGCUAUAGCCAAUGUUAUUGUACUUGAAAUCCUCUGCCUCAGAAAUACAGCUCUUAGCUAAUCCUUCACGACAGCGACGCAAUUGCUUAGACAACUGAUUAAAGCUUUUCCUUUGCCAAACUGAGGCUAAAAUUUUCUCGAAAACUUCAAGGAAUGCUAUAGAACUCUUCGAGUAGUUGUCCACUAUUACAAUGAAUGAAGCUUGCUUGCCUCGUCUUCACACAAAUCUAGUUUAAUAUCUUUCAAAUUUUACAACCACCGUCGGCAAGAUGGUUUUAAUAAGGCGAUUUUCCUUAUCAAACUUCCUGUUGUAUACUUUAAACCUUUUGUAUAAAUUAACAAAAUCCAGCGAAUGUUACAACGAAGGAAUGUCAAUAGUGACUGCUUCAGCUCCUAGUUGAUAAGAUAGAAAUAUAGCUUCGUCACUCGCUCAAAUCCUCAAACACGACACGAGCAUUUUAAGUAUGUCCUUUGCCAAACGUGCUUGAUAUUUUUACCACGCUCGCCACCUACGCUUUCUAACACUGUUCAUUGCGUGCGAGUGUUUACUAGCGAUAUGACACAGCAUGACCCAGUGUGAAACCUCAUUCUUAAUCCCACAUAUCAUGUUAUCAUUUGAAACUAAUCUUGCUUAUUAAACAAUAGAGAAUCAAACAAAUCCCGAAUAGAUGCAUCGGGGAAAUCAGCUACGGUCUGUGCUAUAUAACGGACGUGCUUGGGUCGUGAGACCGAGU